CUAGCGCAGGUAACGAGCGUAGCGAGAGAAGAGAAACGAGAGAGCGCGCAAGGCAGAUUAUUAAUACUCUGGCUUGCGCGCUCUCUCAUUUUUUUUUCUCUUGCUACGCUCGAUACUUGCUCUCGCAAUUAUGCGUUAAAUCCAAAAAAAAUAUUAUUAUAUUUAACUUUUGAAAAAUGAUUCGCUCAAACAAUUGACAUAAAGUAACAAAAGUCAGAAACAUGACAUGUUUAAAAUUAUUUAUGAAUUUCGAGCCUUUUUGUUCUUGUGCUCCUGAAUUUGUUUUCUUUUUUGGUUGAUAUAGAUUCUGUCAGUUAAAAUUGGUAAACUCCUGCGAAUUAGGCGAAUUAUGAUGCUUCUUGGUGCGCUUGUUCAAAAACACCUAAAUCCGACCCAGCAAAUUUUCCACCGCCGAUUCCUUCUUUUAGUACAACUCCCGGCCAACCUAGGCCAACGGCUAGAGCAACAAGAGAGAUGACGUGACAAUUUAACAAAUCGGCCAAAAGAUGAAGCGCGUACCGGGCCGCGUCCCACUUGCAUUUCUUCAGAUUCUUCUUGAUGGCCUUCACCGUCCAUGUUUCGUAAUUUGCAAAUGUUCGCUGACAGUUUGAUCUGGAAUAGUUUCGCAAGUACAUACUUGAGUACAUACCUUCGCACGCGAAAACUGUUCAACAAGCAGAAAAAGUGCAAAGGGAUCUUGGUCAAUUUCUUGAUCGAAUGGGAACCUCUUGGGGUCCGGCUCCGGCUUGAUUUCCGGUGUUUCUGGUCUGCUUCCUGCGCUCCACCACCUUUAACUGAAUAAAUACCCAGAUAAAUACCUUGCCCAGAUCGUCGGCCUUGAAAGUGUUGUGCAGCUCCAGAUUGACCUAGAAGUUACAUUUUCAACUACAAUUCAAAAAAUCAAGCAGCUAAACAAACCUGAAUGUACUGCCCUGUCGCCUCUAGCCAGUCGACCAGUCGCAUGUAUCGUACACUAUCCCAAACAUCUAGAACGGAAUGUUGGUGCACAGCCUGUUAAGGAAGGUCAACGACACCCGGUACGGAUUUUCGUAGUUGGGCACAAUGCUCGACGGAAUCACCUUGGCGGCCUUUAGCUUGUGCAUCAGCGAAAUCACCUUGUAGGAGCACACUUUCUUUACCAUCAUCUGAACACGCGAACCGAAGCCCAUUUACAUUGUUUUGCCUGAUUUUUGUGCUUGCAGACUUUUCACACUAUCUACAGAUCUUGUCAUGGCUCAGAUUGUUAUGGGAAAGAUUGAAAUUCGCGAAACAUUAAAUUUUGUUGAUACUACUCUUGGACGGCAACCUGGCAUCGCUCCGUAGAAACUCCUGCUGCUUUUAUGUUAACGGUUCUUCUCAAGGUUCUCCGUUGGUAUUCAAUCCGGCGCGUCAAAAAUAUUUCUGUAAAAUAACAAAUUUACCGAUAGGUUUUUAUUUCAAAUAAAAGAUUUAUUUUAGCAAACUUACCAAAACACCUACUUUCAAAACGUGCUUGGUCCAGAAAUGUCACUGUUUUAUUUCGGCAAAGUCGCCAAUCAAAAUGAAGUUCGGUUCAGUGAUCUCAAAUUUGCCAAGCAAAAUCAAAACAAACUCAUCUCAAAAUUGCCAUCACUGAACCGAACUUCAUUUUGCUUGAACGAACUCAAAAAUGGUGUUCCCCCAGUAAGCGUGCACCUUCUUCACGCGAUUUUUGGAAAAUUGACACUUUGACAGCUAGAUCUGUCAAACCAUUGUUUUUGUUUUGAAUGUGUCCGGCAAAAUUUUUUUUUUGGUUCUGAUACAAAUUAUUUGUAGUUGUGUAACCUCUUACCGGCCGGAAUCCACAAAAAAACGACCGGAAUUGACAAAAAAUCCGAAGAUCUGCACCGCGAAAGCAUCGAUCACAUCAAAAUUCCAUCCGCCGUGCCGGGAAAUUCCGCGCUGAAGCGCAUUCCGAGGGGUUUGCUGGUUUGAUGACGUUCGCCCAGAAUCACUACCCGUUCAAAACCGCCGACUACUUUCUUACCUACAACUUCCCGAGGGAAUCGAUCAGACGCGCGGUUGGUUCUACAUGCUGCUCGAAAUCUCGACGGCCCUGUUCAACAAGCCGCCGUUCAAGAACCUGAACUGCACCGGGCUGGUGCUGGCCGCCGACGGGCAGAAGACGAGCAAGCGCAAGAAGAUUUACCCAGACCGAAUGGAGGUGUUGCAUAAGUACGGGGUGGACGCGCUAAGUUGUACCUCAUCAAUUCGCCGGUUGAGCGUGCGGAGAAAUUGCGGUGAGUUUGAUAUCUUGAGCAUUUAUCUAGAAGUCGUUGCUAAUAAUGAUGUCUCUUUCAGUUUCAAGGAAGACGGCGUCAAGGACAUAAUCAAGGACGUUUGCAGAACAUUGAUCGGUUCGAGAAGGAGGACAAGAUUGUUUAUCGAUAUGACGUUGGAUUUCGUCUUUGCUUCCGUUCGAUUUUCGUUUUGCUGCUCUAGAAUUUUCUCAUGGAAUAGGUUAAUUCAUGUUCGGUAGGAUGUCACGUCCAGACGGAUGGAUUUUGGCCCCCUUUACGGAUGAUGGCCUCGUGCGCAUGACCGCUCUAACCGCCGGAAUCCGUCGAGGAGCUCCGUCUCGAUUUCGGGAGGCUCCUGCUCCGAUUGCCAGUCCCGCUGCUGCAAAGGCCAAGGCCCCGAAGGAAUCCACCAAGGGAAAGGUCCUGUUUGUGGGAAAAUUGAAGCGGACCAUCACCAUCUAGCAGCUGGAGGCAGAAUUCGCUCCUUUCAGAACCGUUACGGUGCUCCGGCUGGUGAUGGACAAGGAGACGGGACGUUCCAAGGGUUUCGGUUACGUCCAGUACGUGGAGGCGGACGAUGCCGCCAAGGCCAUGGCCCAGCUGGAGGUGACGAUGGCGCACCUAGCUGGUGCGUUAACUUUAUGGAAUUCUGUGAUUUACCCGGACCGAACUGCACCAGGCUGGUGCUGGCCGCCGACGGGCAGAAAAUGAGCAAGCGCAAGAAGAACUACCCGGACCCGAUGGAGGUGGUGCACAAGUACGGUGCGGCCGCUCUGCCGUGGUCACGAUAAUUUGUCCCUAGGCAAUCAGCUUCAUAUCCGUUCCGGUUUCCCCCGUUAAUUUGACCACCUUGCAUUCCGAGUUCUGGCCAAACAUGAAGAUCGGCCAGCGCGUUCCUCGAGACCAAAUAAACAACCCGACCGUGCGGAUUCUGCUGUAACAUGCGCAACACUGCAAAUUACGCAAUCGUCAUCUUGCCCGACUCGGUUGACGCCCCAACAAAUACAUUUUCCUCACUGUUAUAAACUGCGUUGAAGACCUGCGCCUGGAUCGGAUUAAACUGCGAGAACCGGUCCGAGUACAGCUCUUCGAAACGUGGCUCGCGCAGGGCACUCAGGUUUUUGUCCACCUGUUGGAUUUAUGUUUCAAAAUAUGUUAGACAUAA